AUGGGGGCUACUCAACGUCAGAUAGCCAGAACCUUCAACUGCACCCAAACCACCAUCAGCAAGUUGAUAAUCCGCUACCAACAGACAGGACAGACUCAAGACCGGCCAAGAUCGGGAAGACCGAGAGUAACAACACCGGCCGAAGACCGCUACAUCGGGCAGAUUCACCUCCGAAACAGAUGUGUGACGGCGACGUCAACGGCGGCAACAGCACUAGGGCAUGCCAUCAGCAGACGAACAGUCCUUCGACUUCGUACGGCUGGUAUACGAGCCUACCGACCCUUCCGUGGAAUGGCCUUGACCGUCUACACCGUCAACGCAGACUGCAAUGGGCACGAACUGUACGUCGGUGGCAGCGACGUGACUGGGCGAGAGUGCUCUUUACAGAUGAAAGUCGGCUCUGUCUGUUCAGGAACGAUGGCAGAGUUCGAGUUUUUCGACGAAGGGGAGAGCGACUGGGGCAAAACUGCAUUACAGAAGUUCACCCGUUUGGAGGUGGAGGCGUCAUGGUAUGGGGUGGCAUUUGUGGCCAGAUUACAACACGGCUGGUUAUCAUCCGAGGAAACCUGA